GAGCUAGCAUUCAAAUUCCCCCACCACAGCAGCCUCUCUCUAAAUCACUCCUCUGCUCCUUCUCUUAAUCCCUUCACUCUUUGAAUGUGCUAGUACACAUUCUAUUUCCGUGCCAUCUCCAAAUUAUUGCUCCAUCCACGCAAAAACACAAACAGAAAUUAACCAUAAAAAUGUCUCUAUUCUCUUAUUGCACACAUUGCCCUCAAAGAUUCAUCAUUUUCCUACUCAUCCUGGCUUUUAAAGGGGUUCGAAUUUCAGGGACAACAUUCACAUUCGUGAACAAAUGUGACCACACAGUGUGGCCAGGGAUUCUCGGAAAACCGGACCUCGAAACCACCGGCUUCGAGCUGAAACGGGGAAACACGCGCACCAUUCCGGCGCCGGCAGGGUGGUCAGGAAGAUUCUGGGCCAGAACCGGCUGCAAAUUCGACGAUUCCGGCCACGGAGCCUGCACCACUGGCGACUGCGGCUCCGGCGAGAUAAACUGCAACGGCAACGGCGCAGCACCGCCGGCGACGCUAGCGGAGUUCACCCUGGGACAAACCGGUUCCCAGGACUACUACGACGUGAGCCUCGUCGACGGUUACAAUCUCCCGAUGGUGGUGGAGGCCAGCGGCGGUUCGGGCUCCUGCGCCGCAACCGGUUGUGGAGCGGAUCUUAACCGGCGGUGUCCGGCGGAGUUGAGGGUGGAUGGCGGUGACGCGUGCCAGAGUGCUUGCCGCGCGUUUGGGACGCCGGAGUAUUGUUGCAGCGGCGCGUUUGGUUCACCUUCGACGUGCGCGCCUUCGGUUUACUCGCAGAUGUUCAAGUCUGCGUGUCCAAAAUCUUAUAGCUAUGCGUAUGAUGAUGCUACCAGCACUUUUACUUGUGCUGCAGCUGAUUAUACAGUCACAUUUUGCCCUUCUUCUCCAAGUUUGAAGUCUUUAAUGGAAUCAGGGCCAGGAUCAUCAGUUGAGCAGGCUGCAGCAGCUACUUCUUCAUGGAUAGCCAGUUUGGCCACAGGAGCCUCCAACAGAAGCCAAGCGUUUUCAGUUUCCAACUCUGCAUUUUUUGUGGCUCUCACUUUCAUUCUUUCCAAUUUACUUUCUGAGUGUCCUUAAUUUCAGAGUGGCAUCUGAAUUGCAUUGCAUUUCUCACACCCUCAUCUUCCUCCUUCAACAGACAUAGAAAAACUUAAGAUCAGAGACAGUAAUUUGGUGUUGAUAACAUUUGCAUUGUUGCAGUUUUUUUUUUCUGGUUUGUACACGGUUCAUUGACAAAUGACAAGUGGGGUUUAUUGUAGAAUGUGAAGGACAUUUCCUUCAUUGACAUGUAAAGAAUAACAUGGUCAUUUAAAUUAAUGAGUAUUGAGGCCCAUUACCAA